CGUUUCAGGAUGAACCAUUUCGCUUUUCUCCUGCUGGCGGCGGCGACGGUGGCGUUGGCGAGCGCCGCCCCCGAGGCUCUCUCCAGGCUCAAGAGACAGGACGAGACACCUGGCGGAGAUAUGAGCGAGAUGCCACCUUCUGGAGGAGACGGAAUGAGCAGCGAAGAGGACGAGGCAGAAGGGCGGGAGAUACCGUCGGAGGGCGACUGGGUCCUCAUGAUGCAGCCUUGGGGUAUGCUGGGCAAGACGCCGCCCCCGGGUGAGGAAAUGCCCGAGGACUGGAUUGACGCCAUGGUCCAACUGUUGCUCAUGGACGGAGGGAUGGGCUCCGGAGGUCACCCCGGGUAUGGGGGUCAACGCCGCAAUCCCAUGGUGCCCGAAGUCGCCUAUAACUUCUUCACGCUCACGAAUAACACCAUCAACAUCAUGGUUCCGGGAAUGGUGGUCUGAAGCUUUUCUUUUUUUUCCUUCUGCCGAUUCAGCGUUUUGAGGUUGACGGAUUUUUUCGAACGGAUGCUCAGUGGCUGUUUACGCUUUUUUCAAGUUAUUUUUCCCAUGGUUGAUAAUUUUUAAAAGUUAUUUCUUUCUCGAUCAUUGUGUGUGUGUUUUUAAGUAUUGUUUUUAGGUCAUUUUUGUCUGUUUUCAAGCAAUUUCUUUCUUGAUCAGUAUCUUAUUUUUUGUUAUUUCAAGUCAUUUUCUUCUUUUAUGGCCAAUAGUUCUUUUGUUUUCUUCAAGCAGAUUCCUCGUGUUAUGGCAAAACAGUAUUUUUACCUUUAGAAGACAUUUUUCUGCAUGGCCAGUUAUUGCUAUUGUUAUUCCUUUCAAACUGAAUGUUGCAUAUAAAUGUCCAGAAGGCUCUUUUGUCUCCUUUUUAAUUUACAUGGUUAUACUUCGACCCCAUGUAUUGUAGACGGACCGGCGCCAGUAAGCACAAAUAAAGCAUAUUAUCUAUGUAA